GCCACACAUGUGUUGAUCAGAGGUUUAAAUGUCUUAAAAUUGUCUCUCAAUGAACAGAACUGUCAAAUCGAUGGCUAUUAUGACGUCCGGAAUAAAGUCAUAUUUCUUCACUUGACUUCUAUAUUGGAUUCGUUAGCAAUGACUCACAUUUGCAAAGAUAUCGAGAAAGAUAUCUACGAAAAGGGUUUCCUUCAGGUGUGGCCAGACUUACAGACAAACCUCUGUAAAGCGCUUCUAAUUCUCUUCCAUUUAAGUCAUAUCGUAGUUGUUGUCAAUCCUUCGCCACAUUUCGACUUAAAUCAGAUCAAUAUGUUUAGGAUAUUAGACUCCACGCGACAGAAGUUGCAGCCAAUUAUCACCGAAUGUCUGCAAACGCUGUCAUCACUGCCGGCCGAUUGGGUUCAGUCGGGACGGCUGUGUAGUCCGCGGGCGCUCUUUGUGUUCGAGUCUUACGGCAAGAAUCAGUUCAUUACAAGAGAAAAGCUGCGAAACGCUGAAAGACAACUCGAGGACCAGAUCUAUAGGAUAUUGCGAAAGACGCGACUCAUAACCAAUAUAAGUGCCAACUCUUUGUUCGCUGUGUCCGCACAUCACGAAUAUGUGUUCAUAUCGGCCAAAGACCCGACUAUUCGCGAUUCCGGCGAUUAUCUUAUGAAUCGUCUCAUUCAGUACUGCAAAACUGACCGCCAGAGCAACAGUUCCAGCGACGAAGAGAACGACUGCGAAUGGGAUUCGUUUCACACGUUUCUGUGGACACACAUCGGAAUCGCGCACUCGAAGGGCUUCGACGACAACAUUGGCCGACACGCGGCGCCGCCUAUAUUCGAGUUGCCGUCCGCUAAGGAGUUCUUUCAGACGGCACUCAAACUCAAAGAGCUGUUGUUCGGGUCGACGAACGGCGAGAAUGCGAGCCUUAAGACUAUAUUGAAUUCGUUGCACUCGUCUCUGGACAUCGACACCCGGUUCUCGGAGUCGCGUUGCGCUAAAGUGUUGCCCAUAGCUAUGAGCAUAUAUCAGGACGCACUGCCCUCUCACUAUACCCGUGACUUUCACGAACAUAAGUUGGCGCACGCUUUGCAACACUUCACACUACAGGCCAGGGGUUCGGCGGUCUAUGACUUCGGCCAACAGCUCAAACUCGAGUGCGACAACUAUUGGCAAAACGGGCGCCAAAUGUGCGAAGUGUUGAGUUUGACAAACAAUCACUGCAUUAAUCCGAUUCAUAGACUCAAAUCGGAUGACGACAACAGUAACGAUAACAGCGAUUCGGACACUGAAUCCGAUUCGAAGCAAAGGUUGCCAUCGAUGAAACACAUGAGUGGCGCUAAACUGAUCUGCGCCUGUGAUUGCGGCCGACGGCAAGCCAACAGAGAGGACCCGUUUACAGUGAAGGCCGCCAAUCAUGACUUCUACGCUAUGUUGAAGAAGAAGUGCAGUUGCGGUCAUUUGGAGCGCAUUUUAUUCCCCGUGUUUGAGCCGAGCAGUGAUUAUAUAGAGCCCGUGGCUCGGCCUCAACCGCUGCCCCGAAGUCCAGUGCACUCGAAGGCCGCGAGUUCUCAGUUCGACCCGUCGUUAACGCCCGCGGAGUUGGCCUUUGAGUCGCAACCGGACGCCGGGGUUUCUUCGUUCACUAAUCUGUCACAACAGGUGAGCGCCGACUUGAAUACCGACCUCUUGUUGGAUGAGUUCAAUAAAGUUAGUGUCAAAGAAGACGACAAAGUGGAGGACAAAGUAGAGGACAGAGCGGACGACAAUAAGGCGGCCGUCGAGACAGUGCUGUCGGACCAACAGAAAGAAAUUGAUCCGCAAUUAGAGCUGAGGUCCGAACAGUUGGUGAAAGACUUGGUGGACGACGACGAGUCUCACACCAGUUCUAGUGAAGUAUACACUGACGACGACGAGGAGGAGGAGGAGGAAGAGGAUGGCGACGAAGCCAUCGAUAGGGAAAAUGACAUCGAACUAGUUAUACGCGAGAGCGAGAGUCCGCACUUCGGGCAACUCCUGCACCAGUCGUCGACCACUGAAUAUUUGCCGGGAAUGUUGCACACAAUGAGUCCGCCGGGACUUUUACCCCGAUUCAACUCGUGGUCAUUGGUAUGUUUGGGACCGUCUAGUCUGUACUCGCACAACAUCGGCCUUCAGGAACAGCCGGGCUUUAUAAGUGGCGCCAAUUUCCUGCUGCCAUGGGAUGUGACCGUAAAGUUGGAACAUUCGGGACAUUUGCCGCCCCUCUGGGAGGGGAAGAGACCGCCAGGCAUUAAGAACAAGAAGACAUUCAAAGACGGCACUCAAUUCACUGUAAAGGUUUUCAUUGGUGUUGAGUACGAGUGCCAUCGAGGACACCGUUUCAUCGCCUCCGGACCCGACUCUGUGCUCAAAGCGUCUAUGGGUAUAGUGAAGGAGUCGGCCAAUCGAGUGGCCAGCAAUGAUAUGCCGCUGUAUUUUCCCUGCGUUUGCAACCGACAGGGAAAGCCCAACACAUUGGCUCAGUUAAUGCGCGUACAUAUCGUCACACCUAAAGCGCCGGUGAACGUGACGCUGAACCCCAGAGUGCAACCGUCGCCCAUGCCGUGCCUUAUCUUCUAUCCCGGCAACACUGAACCGAUCCGAUUGUCUCAAUCCACGUAUUGGGUGUUAAGGCUGCCAAUGAUAUACGAGGCCGAGUGCGGACCCUUUCCCACACCCAAAGAUCAAUUGCCUCUGAAGGCUGUCGGCGGUGGCGUCGGCGGAGGCGUCGGCGGCAGUGGUGUCGCCGGCGGUGCACUGAAGGGAAGCCGUCUACUGAAGGGAACGUAUGGCAUCGCCGACUAUAUAUCAAAACCAAAAAACCAUUAAACAUGUAUUGCAUCAGCGAUUCUGUGGUGUCAGAAAUUAUGCCAUUAAUUGUCUCACAACUAGACGUGUGCUGUGAAUGUCAUGUUUUUCUUCUCUCUCUCU